UUGAAAAAUUUUAGUGAUUCGAGAAUUAUCGCUUGCGAUGGAGUCAUAUUUUUGCGAAAUUAAUUCAGAUUGUAGCUCUAUUGAAAGUUUAUUGAAAUUAUGUCAUUUGUUUAUGUUCUCUCAAUGCGUUCGUGGUCAAUGCAGAAAAUUCACUAUUGUUUGACGAUAUUCGACUAAGAAUCGUUGUUGAUAGUUACCUAGUGUCGAUUCGGGAGACAUCUUGUGUUGAAAAAGUUACAAGUUGUUGUGCUUGUCUGAUUUUGUCUUUCACGUGAAAAGUUUGCAAAAUCCGGCCUGUGCUUAGAAACAGCAGACAUGGACGUGUCGUGGGAUGCUGAUAAUUUUGAACCAAAACUUCCGACCACGUUGGCUUCCAAUAAAUGGGAAGGCGAGGACGAGGAAGAAACAGUCAAGGACAGCUGGGAGGAUGAAGAAGAAGAAAAGAAAGACGAAGAAAAGAAAGAAACCGUGCCGCCUCCUCCGAAACCUAAAAAGAAAAUUCUAGAUAAAAUUGCUGAAAAAGAGCGUCUGGAACGUCAGAAGUCAGUGAAACAAGUUGUCGAGAAAGAAGAAUUGACCCCAGAAGAGAAGCUGGCUGAGAAGCUGCGUCAGCAGAAAUUACAAGAGGAAUCCGAUUUAUUGCUGGCCUUGGAGACAUUUGGUGUAACAGAUGGAGCCGGUAAACUAGAUUGCUUCCAUCCAACAAAUAAACAGGAGUUCACAGAUUUUGCAGAGCUUCUGUGCAAAAAAAUCAACAUUUACAAAGCCAAGGAUGAAUUUCCCGGAUUUGUUGAUGAGCUGGUCAAGAAUAUUAUAGUACAAAUGUCGUCCGCGGAUAUUAAGAGGAUAAAGAUGACAGUCGACAAUCUGUACAUUGAAAAACAGAAAGCCGAGAAAAACGAAAAGGCCAAGAAACCUAACAAGGGGAAGGGGAAGGCUAAGUUAAAAGUGGAGGGGGAGAGUGCUCACUUGAACCAGUACGAGGCCUAUGGCACUUUUGACGACGAUUUCGACGACUUUAUGUAAACUAUACGAUGAAGGGAUUCAAACGAACAUUGUAAAUAAGUCCUUUUGUUUGUAUGUUGUUAUGUUUACCAUAUGUAUAACAGAUAUUGAUAUAUUGAGAACAGAAAUGCUCUGUACAUUGACAAUUUUCAUGCAUUAUAAGUGUUUAUUAAGAAAAAGCUGUGAGUUUUUCAUUCAAGCUUUCCAUGUUUCUAUAUCGAUCGAGUGGAAAAUAUUCAAAACCAGAAAUUUCUAGUACAAACCGGUUUUUAACUACAUGUAUCCGGUUUGAACCGGUUUCUUCUUGAAAUGUUUAUUAUUCAGACUUGUUUUAUUAUUUUUGUAAUAUACCCGUCUGUUUUUUUUCGGUUAUGGUCCGAUGUUAUGUUAUAUAGAUAAUAAAUUUUUUAAUGCGAUAAUAUUA